CAUCCAUAAACUUAUAUUUUCUUGCCUGUUUCUUGACUUCAUGUUUGGCGAAUCAGAGUCUGAGAGCCCACGCGUACCCAGUCCAUGGGACUCGCUCAUUUCCACACCCCCGUCACCGCCGAGGGAGAGGGAAACUCUACAGCGCAACAUACCUAAACUCGUACCAGAAGCUGAAGAGGGAAAUGUAGAGUACAAGCUGCAGUUACUCUCGCCCUCCCCCGCCCGUUUCGCCCGCCUCGUUACGCAACUCAAGUGGCGACUUCUCGAAGGUGGUGGACAGGCAUACUACGAACUCGGCGUAGCCGAUUCAGGUGCACUCGUCGGCCUUCCACGAAUCCAGCUCGAAGAAUCCCUAGAAACUCUAGAAAUGAUGGCCGGAGAGAUCGGCGCCUCUGUCAUCGUCGUGAAAGAAGUUGAAGUGCCCGCUGAGCUCGCCGACUCGAACGGCUCACCAGGCGACCGCUGGGGCAUUAAGCAUAGACGCGAGAGAGAAUCGCUGAUGCUGUCAGUUGAAGAUGACUCGGCUACGUCUACUACGGAUGCUGACUUUGAAACGGAUCUUUCGACGACCGACGUUACAGAUGUAGACGACGAUCCAAUCUCCCCUCAGAAGCCUCGUUCUGACGCCGAAGCGAAGAACAAGUCGGCGGAUGAUUCCCUAUUGGCUAUCUUUACCAUGGACGCAGAAUCAGAAGUUGAGGUCCUAGACGGAGUAGGAGGUUCCGUGUGUGAUCCAGCGCCCUUCUCAGUGAAUCUCGAAAUCGCAUCAGUAUACAAACCACGCCCAAUGCGCCGGCGCGCACACAUAGCCUGUACAGGGACAACCAUGGCGACUUCCCCACAAACUAAGCAUGAUAAGCGGAUGGUGAACACCAAAACCAAAAAGGCUCCACACCACGUACAUCAACUUGCACCCCCCCACUCCACAGAUAUUACCAAUGGUGCGCAGGCCAAGCAGCAACCAAAGGCGCUCAACCGGCGGUUCGGGAGGGACCGUAGACGAGAUGCGAAACGAGUGGCGUUGCUAACCCACGUACCGACUGAGCGAGCUGGCCCACUGGCUGGAGUGGAGGGUCAUGAGAGGGAGGGACAGGUGGUAGACGAAAUCUCAGCUGGUUUGGUGGCAAGGUUGGAAUCUCUGCAUGUCACUGUGGAGCCGCAGUCCGUUGAUUCUACGUUACCUCCUGAGCUGUUGGUGUGUGCAUCCGGAGUCGAUAGAGAGUCCAUGCAUUCUCCACCGGUUUCCUACGCCCGUGAAGGUGUAAACAGCACUGUUGGCGAAGAAACAGGAGGUACUAGACUCAUCGUCGAAGCUUUAGUCGUGCGCAAGUUGUCGUUGGAGGAAGCCUAUUUGGAUUUUGGCGGAUUUUCUUUGCUCUAAUAUUUAUUGGAAUUAUGUUGUGUGGUUGUUCAGUUAGAUUUUUAGAAGGAUCACACAGUUGGAAGAAUGAUACAUUUUACUGCAGGACACUUCACUCAGAUAAUUUAGAUAUACUUUGCAGUUCGAUGAUAAUGUGACAAUAUCAGUACAAGUACUGACUGACAGUUU